UGUAGCGGUAAUUUUCGAGCCUAGUCUUCGUCGUCGUCGUCGAACGACAUCCUAUAUAGUGUAGUAUAUAGUAGUACUAUGUCCUCUUCGUGCAUUCGGAUUUCGUAGCCAAAGGCGCGCGUGGACAAGGCAAAAACCUUUUUGGCGACGUGGAGAGAUAGAGCUUGCGCAAGCAGUACACGACGACUAACACACACACAUACACCAAACAGCCAAGGCCUUGACGCGUGCAUUUGUCAAAGGUAUUAGACGAGAUCCGCUUAGGCGUUUAGGCGUCCUUGGCUCUCGCGCGAACAUUUUUCAAGUGGUCUAGGGGAUGAUGAUUUUUCAAUGUCAGCGCCUCCUCCUCAUGCUCACGUGUUGCGUUGUCUUUCUGUUCUCGUUUUCGCAGAUGACUCGGCGACUGGCUGGCGGGAGGCGAGGAUGAGCUCGAGCGGAGGCGGCGGCGGCAAAGGUGGCAGCGCGACAGCAGCAUCAGCAGCUGGAACGGCAGCAACGGCAGUUGCAGUGGCAGUCACGGCAUUGGCAGCGGCGGCAGCCGCGGAGGCAGUCGCGGUCGUCUCGUCGAUGACGACUAGCACCAAUAGCGUCACCACCUUGAGCGGAUACGGAGUCGACGGAGAUGGUGGAGACGAGAGCAGCUGCCAGGGCGGCGACGUCGACGUCGGCUCGACGCUGCCGCUGUGGGAGGCCGCCCUGGCCACCCUCGUGCUCGGCUUCCUGAUCAUCGCCACCAUUCUCGGCAACAUCCUCGUGAUACUGUCGGUGUUCACGUAUCGGCCGCUGCGCAUCGUCCAGAACUUCUUCAUCGUGUCGCUGGCCGUCGCCGAUCUGGCCGUCGCCCUCCUCGUCAUGCCCUUCAACGUGGCCUAUCUCAUAUUCGGCCAGUGGAUCUUCGGCAUACACAUGUGCAAGAUGUGGCUGACCUGCGACGUUCUGUGCUGCACCGCCAGCAUUCUCAAUCUGUGCGCGAUCGCCCUCGAUCGUUACUGGGCCAUCACCGAUCCGAUCAAUUACGCCCAGAAGCGCACGCUGAAUCGCGUGCUGGGGACGAUAGCGGGGGUCUGGCUGCUGUCGGGCAUCAUCAGCUCGCCGCCGCUGGCCGGCUGGAACGACUGGCCCGAGCAGCUGGAUCCGGGCACCCCGUGCCAGCUGACCCGUCGCAAGGGCUACGUCGUCUACUCGGCCCUGGGCUCGUUCUUCGUGCCACUGCUCAUCAUGAGCCUGGUGUAUCUGGAGAUAUUCCUGGCGACGAGGCGUCGACUGCGCGAGCGUGCCAAGCAGAGCCGCCUCGGGGUCAUGGGCAGCGGCGACAAGUCGGCGGGGGCUCAGGCCCGUCAGAAGGCACCCGUCCCCGCCGCGGCGGGUGGUACGGUCGGAGGUGGCGCCGAUCCCGACGACAUCGACGAGUCCGUGAGCUCCGAGACGAAUCACAACGACGCGAGCUCGCACAGGCAGCUGCAGCACAAGCCGUCGUCGCGGCUCCAGGCCAAGGCCUCGCUGGUCGACGACGACGACGACGAUGACGACGACGACGACGACGAGGCCACGACCAACAUCGGCACGACGCCGCCCAAAGCCUCGGGAGGCAGCAGUUCGGGCUCGGGCGGGCACACUCGGCGGGGCGGUCCCGGCACCGCAGCCACCGGCUCGACCGUCUACCAGUUCAUCGAGGAGCGCCAGCGCAUCUCGCUGUCGAAGGAGCGCCGGGCGGCGCGCACCCUCGGCGUCAUCAUGGGCGUGUUCGUCGUCUGCUGGCUGCCCUUCUUCCUCAUGUACGUCAUUCUGCCGUUCUGCUCGUCGUGCUGCCCGUCGGAGCGCCUCGUCUACUUCAUCACCUGGCUCGGCUACAUCAACAGCGCCCUCAAUCCCCUCAUCUACACCAUCUUCAAUCUGGACUAUCGUCGGGCCUUCCGCAGGCUGCUUCACUUGCGUUAAGUAGUAGUGAAUAUGAACAUACAUACUUUUCUAAUCGCGAGUGAGCCGAAACGAGCUACAAUUUUAAUACAUAUAACACACCUGCAUAAACACACACACACACACAUACGUACGACGAUCGAGAGAUGCUCUUGUUUUUUAUCCUGCGAGGCAUUCGUCCAGUAGAGGCAGCAAAAACGCCACCGGUUACCAAUUAGAGCCAAGCCCCCCUCAUUAAAGAUGAGUGAAAAUAUUUACAAUAGCUACUUAUAAAGAGGAAAAAAAAACAAAAUAGAUAGUACAAAGGAAAGCGAGUAUUUUAAGAUGAAAUCAGUAAUACGGGAGAUCGAGAAAUUCCGCUAAAGUUGGAAAAAUAACGAGAGAAAAAAUGCAAAUACCUGAAAAGUAAAGAAAUUAAAAAUACUUUGAUAAUUGUAAAAAAAUAACAAUCAAUGAAAUAUGAUAAUUGGGCACGAUCGGAAAACUCGAACGAUUUCAAAGAAUCCUCGAUUCGAAUUGGCUCCCCCGCACGUAUAAUCAGUCAUUAAUUUCGAGCGCGAAGACUGCGCAAUUUUUUACCACCCGGAGUCUGUCUGUGUGGACAAAGAUCGAGAGCUUUGAUUGGGGAUACUUGCGUUUUAUCGCUAAUCCGAGUCCACUGUAACGGCAAAAAAGGAACCGAAUGGUAAUGUCGCUGCGGAGAGCUCAGAGAUGUUAACGUCGAUGAGAAUCGGCGAUGGGACUUUUGACUUUUUGGAAAUUCUCCACUUUGGACAAGGCAAGUUUUUACGCUCACGGCUGCGGUAAAAAGGUACGUGGAAGAAAAGAAGAGAAAGAUUUAUCGAACGCACGGUUAGCUAUAUACAGAGUACGUAGUGUUUUUGAAAAGAAGAGAGCGAAGGAGAAGGAAGGAGUGUGUAGCUGUUGCACGCGGACCUCGAUAAUUGCCAUCACUCGACCUACUUUGCACGAUUGCCGAGGCGGUGGCGGCGGCGGCCGUGAUCAAGAUGAAUCCUGAGACAGAUAUACUGAAAAUCGCAUACGCAGACACACACAUACAACUCAAUUAUAACAAUGUGUCAGAGCCCGGUCCGAUACAUAAUUAUUUUCCUCGGGACGUACGUGCAGUUGAGCUGCGAGAGAGGAGCAAAAUCGACCAAAUCAGCUCUCCCUAUCUCACUGCGGGUCGCACGAGUUAAUUAUGUCGGGCACCAGGACGUAGUGGAAGCUCCAGGAUAUAUACACGUAUAGCAACAUCGAGGCGUUAUACGAAUGUCAUUGGCUCGAUUGCUCGACGUGGAUACACUGCAGCAGCGGCAACGAAGAGACGAAAGAGCUGCUGCUAAGGUAUAUAUAGCUGCUGCUGCUGCAGCACCGAAUGACAAAGUGAUUAAUCGCGAGCAGCCAGGCUAGUGGUGUGAGACUUGGCCAAAGUUCACCAAGUGAGAGAGAGACAGAUCCCCGCAGCUUACACGCAUACCUUGGAAUACAACUUUGCUCUCGCGCGCAUCGAUCUUUGGAGUAUAUAUAUAGCUGCGCGCACACACACGUACGUGGGGGAUAUAUGGAGCCGACGAUCGCACAUCCGUCCGAGCUCCGACGAUGCCGGCUUGAAGCGGUGCGGUGCGGCGCGACGCGCGUAUGUGCGAUAUACGAGUCUGGGCAAACAGGAAGCCAACGAGGAGACAAUGGGUACCUACUGCUAGGAAUGCAGUCGAGCAGCGGCUUCUGCGAUGCACAAUCGCAUAAGAUGAAGAAGAAGAAGAAGACGACGAAGACGACGACGUAGAUGAGAUGAAAAAAGAACGAGUACGCGGCCGUGGGCAGCCAGACCGCAUCGAGCUCGACGACUUCUUCUUUUUAUUUUUUGUCGGACUCUCGCGGCUUGACUAGUUCAAAGCUCUCUCGGCCUAGCCAGGCGCGCAUUGUCGACUCGACUCAACGACGAUAUCAUGCUAAUGCGCGACGGAGCUGCUGCUGCUGCUCGUGCUUUUUCUGGGACGACGGAGACGCGAUCACACGCCAGCUGCCCCGAGCCGAGUCGAGCCAUUGUCGUAGUUGCUCGGAGCAUGCAAGUUUCGUCGACGUUGUCCUAUGUGCAGCAGCAGCCACAGAGAAUAAGAAUAACAACUUUGUUGGCCGCAAGCUCGGGCGAGCUCGGAGCAACGUCAGCCGUGUAUACGCUGCCCCUAUAUAGCCCCGUGGACCAUUGUGUUGUGUUCCUCUACACGUUAUACACACACACACAGUAACUUCUACGCAGCAGAACUGGACGCGUCACCCGGAGCCGGAGAUCGUUAUUUCGACCAGCUGAGGCAGCUGUGUGCGCGAGACUUCGAGGUAUAUAUAAACGAAUAACGACGUUGCAGAUCGAGUGCAAGCCGUCGAUCGAGCACACGCGUGUAAUAAACUUGGACGAAUGAGAUCGACGUUCGAUAUGUAUACAAUAGAGAAACCAAUCUAGCUAUAUAUGUACGCUCAAAUUCCCAUUGCGAUCGUACUCGAUUUUCGACGUUCACACUCAAUUUUUUUUUGAAGGGGGCUACCACCGAGAGAGCGUGUAAAUUAUUACACGCGGCAAGAGGAUGAGAAACUCAAGAGCAAGAGCAUACGUUAAAUUAUAUCGACGCGAACGUAGCAUCCUCGAGGCGAGGAGUACGACGAAGAGAUACAGAACACACAUAAAUAUUAUAUCGUUAUAAGAGAAAAAUAAAAACAGGUUGUGCAUCGCGAGUAUAUGGGCGUGUGCGAGGAAAAGAGAGGAAAAAGAAAACUGCGUAUAAAUAAAUAAAUUACGAAUCGCUCAUCGCAAAAUGUUACUUAACGGUUGUGAGUAGUUAUUACGUAUAGAUUGUAUAAUGAAAAAUAUAGUUAUAUUAUAUACACGUGUGUGUGUAAUACAUAUGCCAUUAAAAAAAAAUUAUAUGAAUAUAAUUGAUAAUCACGGAAACCAUAGAAUCGAAAGAAAAAUAUAUAACGAUCCGGCUUCGUGCAAGCUCGCUAAUGUAAUUUCGUAGGAUGGGUGUAUUCGCGGAGCUUUGAGAAAAAAAAAUUACUCUCUUUUUCUUUUUCUUUUUUUUUGUAUAAAUGGUAUAUAAAUGGUUAAAAGGGGAAAAAAGAGCUACCGAAAUAAAUUGAUCUCGUACAAAGAAGCGCGCCUCGUUGCAGAGAAAUUAAUUCGCGAUCUCUCUAGAUUUCAAAAGGUCAUUGGAUCUCGCUCUCGAGAGUGCAGCCGGGGCUUCGCGAUAUACACCCAGCCUACUGUGCACCAAAAGGCCCUUCAAGAUCGACGGCGAACUCAAACGAAUGAAUGAAUAAUCAGGAGAGGGCGAGAAGCUGCUUGGGGUUGUUGUAAUUGGGAACGAAUUAUACCCAAUUACCGAUGUUGCGAGUGUACGAUUUUCAACACCCUCGUACUAUUUGUCUCUGUCGGCACGCACGCCAAUAAAUGCUGAGUGUGGAGCAGCAGCGCGUCGAACAAUUGUAAUUCCAUUAUAAGCAAUAACGAACUUUUUUGUACCGACUCUAAGCGAUAAUAAUUACGAAGAACUAAAAAAAAAAAAGAUAAAAAUAGAAAAAAUAGUCGAUUAACGCCAACGUGUAACUUGCGCUUCGAACCAACUGCAAUUAUUCGAGACUGUUUUUCCUCGCUCAAAACCGAGACGACGAAGAGCGAAAGAGAGCCCGAGACGAAAAAUAAAAAGUACAAGAUGGAAUACACACGCGGAGAAAAUUUUUCAUUUCUGGGAUUAUAACAAUACACCCUUCGCCGUGCUUCGAUGGAUGCUACCGGAUCAAGUUAUUUAAUUAUCAUCGUGCCAGCAGAGUGUGCAGCGAAACGCCACGAGCAGAGAAAGACAUUGAAACAAAAACAACGGAAGAAUUAAGCAUUACAGCCACCCGUGUACGCGCGACGUCAAAAGAACAACUGUCACGAGCAACAACAACAAAAAAAAUAAUGUAUUUUAAAUAUAUAGCCAGUUCAACAAAAACAUACGGACAGACGAAGAUGCGAUCGAAAAAUGCGAGAGAUGAAAAAUUAUACACAAAUAUUAUAUGAAAAAAAAAAAAUAACAAACAGAAGGAUAAGUAAAUUGAUUAUAUGAAUAUAAAUAAUAUAUAUAUUAUAUAAUAUAUAUUAAUCGUUCGACCAGAAUAGUCGGAGCACUUUCUUUAAUAAGGUUGUGAUAAGGUUGUGAAAAACUUUCGUAGCCGUGCUUCGAAAAGUGAACACAAGAAUUUUUAAAAAAAAUGAAUUUAAAAUAAUUAUAUAAAAUAUAAUUAUAAGAUUUAAAACAGAAAAAGAAAACCGACAAAAUAACAAAUUCACUGAGUGAGCAUUUAACUUGUAAGUUGUAUUAACAAAACAAAUAUUUACUGUAAAUUAUUACGUUAUUAUUAUUAUAUAAAUUAUAUAUAAAAAAUAUUUGAAUAUAUUGCAGUCCAAAAGCGUUGUGAGAGAUUCUGUCCGAGCAUAUUGAGAAAAACAAAUAAGAGUCUAAUUCGUUACAUAAUUAUAUUAUGAUGAAACCCUUUACGAGUGAGAUAAUAUAAAAACAGAAAAUAAAAGUUAUAUCGCGUUUACAAUGUUACCUAUGGUUUAUUGCGAGUGAAUCGACUCCCGGAGAACAAUUUUUUUGAUUCGAUUCUCGCUCGUCGAGUGCGGAUGAUCGUAUUGAAGGUACAAUUAUAUAAAUAUAUACGUGGGCAGAGACACGACACAAACACACAACACACAGUCACGUUCGUUAUAUUCUUAUGAAAACACAAUUGCGAAAAGCUUCGAGCUUAGCGCGAGGCGCGCGAAUACAACAGCAGCUGCGAAAUAUCCUGCGACGCGAGUAGGGCAGUGGUAGUUAUACAUCACCCGCACAGUAGUACCUCCCUCGGCGCGAGUCGCGCGUUAAGGAGAGAAAAGUAAAAAAAAA